GGAGUAGAAUUUCGCGGCACCUUUCGCAUGUCUAUAUAAAGCCCAAUACGUCGGACGGACAUCACACGUCUUCUUCUUAAUUACGCAGUAAACACGAAGCACAAACAUGUCGUCCAACGUGUUUGGGACUCCAAUCACCGACGAUUACAUAAAGGGAUUGCCGGGCGCUCCGAAUGACAUAACGGCGGCGGUGAGGGCGCAGUACGCCAUGGACUACAUCAACGACGGCAGCAAGAACGUCGAUGCGCAGACCUACGUCGACAACCUCAAAUCCCAGUACGGCAACGGAAUCACCUGCCGUGUCGUGUUUUACAACGCCACCGGUGGCACCCUCAGCUACGUCACCGACCACGACUACCACGGCCACAUCGGCGCCGCCCCUUACCCCCUCAAGUUGCAGAAUGGCCAGUGGGGCGCCUUUCUCCACGUCCACCCCACCGGCGCCAUGGUAGGUUCCUCCGCCGCCGCCGUCUACGGCGGCGUGAACGGAAGUGGAGAGGGCCGCGACUGGAUGAUGGCUUGGUCUAUUCCUUACAUCGGGAGCAACCACUCCUAUACUGAGAUACGUGAAUCUGGACAUUUUGCUGAUGCUAAUGAUGUUUGGGGUGUCAUUUCUGACAAAAUGGGUAACUCUGGACACGAAACAGAAGAUAGUUGGGGUGGAUGCAAGUCAAAAGCGAUAAUUGGUGAAAGUACUUCACCAGCAUAUACUGCAAUGUUCACUUUGGAAGAUGUUAAGUUCCUGACAUAGUUUGCUAUGUGGUUUGCGCCUCUGCAUAUCAAUAAUUUAAGUAUUAUGUAAUAUUAGGUUGUGUGUAUAUAUAUAAUCACGCAAUCUUUAAUGAAAUAAUUGAUAAUAAUUAAUAGUGCUAUUUCUAUAGCCUAUUGUACGUGAUGUAAUAAAUAAAAUUUUUAGUUGUUGCA